UUGUUCUCUCAUAUUCACUCUGUGGUCUACCGCUUCUCUUUUUAAUUUGGUAAACACGCUUGGGUUUCUAAAUUCCUAUUCUUCUAGUUUUAAUUCAGUAAUUUCAUUAUGUGGAAAAUAAAUGUACGUAUAUAAAGUGUGUGUGACUUAUUUCAGUAAAUAUUUUAUUAAUAUAAUAAACGUUGUUUUUAACAUGGUAAUGACGUGAGAGUUUUCUGUUGGAUACUUUAUAUUCUCGAGAAACUUCACUUACUGGUAUUUGUGCUAGUAAACAAUGAGCAAGAGACGACGUGCCUCUUCCGUGGCCAGUCGUGGAGCUGAUGACGAUAGUGAUGAUGGAGCGGAGUUAAGCAACCCUGUACCGCCUCCAUCGUCUCGAAAGAAAAAGAAGCUGGAUCCUGGUGAAAUAUGUCAGCAACUGUAUGACACUAUAAGGUCAUAUAAAAAAGAAGAUGGUACAUUGCUAUGUGACUCCUUUAUUAGAGCACCUAAGAGGCGACAAGAGCCACAAUACUAUGAAGUUGUGUCACAGCCUAUUGACUUGUUGAGGGUUCAACAAAAAUUGAAAACUGACACAUAUGAAGAUAUUGAAGAGUUAUCAGCUGAUAUAGAGCUGCUUGUGAACAAUGCAAAAGCUUUCUACAAGCCAGACUCUGUGGAAUACAAAGAUGCUAUUGAGCUGUGGAAACUGUAUGGCCAGAAUAAACAGGCUCUGGAAAAUGGUGAAGAAAUCAAGACUCCAAAGCUAUCUCGCAAUGGAUCUUCCAGCCGCAGAUCAGAUGUAGCUGAGGAUCUAUCAGAGACAUCUACCAAUAAUGAAGAGGAUAAUGUAUUUGAGGAGUUAUUUAAUGCAGUAAUGACUGCUAAUUCGGAUGGUAGAGCUCUUUACCCCGCCUUCCAAUUUCUACCAUCCAAACGUCGCUAUCCAGAAUACUAUAACGUGAUAGACAACCCUAUAGAUUUGAAGACCAUUGCACAGAAGAUACAGGGUGGUGAAUAUACUAACAUAAAUGAGUUAGAGAAAGACUUACAACUGAUGGUGCGUAAUGCUUGCCACUUCAACGAGCCUGGUAGUCAGAUUUAUAAAGAUGCUAAAACAUUGAAGAAGGUGAUCCAAGUCCGCAAACAAGAGAUUGAUCAACACGGCCGCAGCGGUCCCGCUAAGACAUCAGAGCGUAUUCGUAGCAAACGAACCUCACGCGUGGGCCCCGUGCCAAACAGUAAAGCGCUAGCCAUUAUGGAGCCACCCGGCUCCGACACAGAGUCAGAGCUUAAGCAUUCCGAAGAUAGUGGCGGUGAAAGUGGUGAAGAACAUAUUGAAAAUGAAGACUCCCCACAAUGGAAGCUUCUAGAAACAAUUAAGAAUCAUUUGGGACCUAACGGCACUCCAAUGGCAGAACCGUUCUGGAAACUUCCUUCGCGCCGGGCCUACCCAGACUAUUACAAAGAAAUAAAAAAUCCAGUCUCCCUCAACCAGAUUAAGAACAAAAUUAGACGUGGGGCUUACGGAACCUUAUCCGAGGUGGCCGGGGACAUGAAUAUUAUGUUUGAGAAUGCCAAACAGUACAAUGUACCUACUUCAAGGUUGUACAAAGACGCUGUCAAGUUACAAAGAUUAAUGCAGCAACGUGUACAAGAGUUAUUGGAUAUCGUGCAAAGCUCAUCCAGUGACGACGAAAGCCUUUCUACAGUGAAGAGUCAGAACCAAAGUACACCUAGACCUAGAGGACGCCCGCGUGUUAAUCCAAUUCCUCCAUCAGCUCCAUCCCCCGCUCCGUCUCCUUCGAUCCCUAAAUCAAAUCUACCCCUGAAGAAGAAGUUACACUAUAUAGCAAAGCAAAUGUUAGACUUCACGUGCCCCGACGGAAGGCAGCCAAUGUUGCUCUUCAUGGAGAAACCAAGCAAGAAACUUUAUCCGGAUUAUUACAACGUAAUAGAUAGACCAAUCGAUAUGAUAACCAUUGAGAGUAAUAUUAAGAACGAUAGAUACAACUCAGUCGAUGAGAUGGUAUCCGAUUUCCGCGUCAUGUUCUCCAACUGCCGCCAGUUCAACGAGGAGGGCUCCAUGGUAUAUGAUGACGCAAACCUUCUGGAAAGAGUGCUUAAUGAUAGAUUGAAAGAUCUGCACAGUGGCAUGCAAGAAAAGAAGACAAACAUAAAAACCUUUAAACCAGCUAAAUCGAAGCAAUUGUCACCAUUGGAACAAAAACUGAGGACAUUGUAUGAUGCCAUCAGAGAUUACAGGGAUCCAAAAGCUAACCGCCAAUUAGCCCUUAUAUUCAUGAAGCUACCGAACAAAAUUGAGUAUCCAGACUAUUACGAGCUGAUAAAAAAUCCCAUUGACAUGGAAAAAAUAGCACACAAACUCAAAAUGAACACCUAUAGUUCUGUUAAUGAGCUGGCUUCAGAUUUCAUACUAAUGUUUGAUAAUGCUUGCAAGUAUAACGAACCGGAUUCACAGAUAUAUAAAGAUGCAUUAAUACUACAGCGAAUGUGUUUACAAACUAAACAGUUACUUAGGGAGGAUGAAGAUUCUGUUCCUGAUGUACCAGCUGCGGUACAAGAGUUACUACUCAACCUGUUCACUACUGUCUACAAUCACCAAGAUGAGGAGGGCAGGUGUUACUCAGAUAGCAUGGCAGAACUGCCUGAGCACGAUGAGGCGGGCGGAGAACGAGUGCGCGCAAUCAGCCUCGACCUCGUAAAGCGCCGCCUCGAUCGCGGCCUUUACCGCCGUCUCGAUCAUUUCCAGCAGGACAUGUUCGCCGUUUUCGAAAGAGCACGUCGCCUCUCUCGUACCGACAGCCAGAUAUUCGAAGAUUCAGUGGAACUGCAAUCGUAUUUUGUCGAACAAAGGGACCUACUGUGCAAGAACACUCUUCAAUCCCCCGCAAUGAACUUCACUCGAGAUACCCUCACCACUAGUGUGGAACUCGUGAAACAAUGCAAACUGUUACAGGAGAACGAGGAUGAAGAUGAGACCAGAUCAAGUACUGAAGAAUCAGUACUGGCCGGUAGUACUGCACCAUUCCAAACACAAUAUAAGAAGGGUGAUUUCGUUUAUGUUCAAGCAGAAAAAGGAAUUAAGGAUUUGAGCAUUGUCCAAGUGGAGAGAGUGAGAGGUGAAAUAUAUUGACGAUACAACAAAAAUGAUGUUCAUAUCAAUUACUCAUAUUAUUUUCGCAGGCCGCACGAGACAUUUCACGUGCGCACGCGCAAGUUCCUACAUCAAGAGGUAUUUAAAACGGAAACUCAUCGCACCAUACCUCUCGAACAAAUACUCGGCCAUUGUUACGUCAUGAACGUCAAGGAAUAUUUCAAGUUCCGCCCUGAAGGUUACUUGGAUAAGGAUGUGUAUGUAUGCGAGAGUCGGUACAACACCAAGAAUCGCUGGUUCAAAAAGAUCAAGGUUUGGGAGGGUGCCGAAAAGGAAGCUACGCUCAUACCCAGAGACGUGCCGUUGGAGCCUAAUAGGACAGUGUCUGUAUUCCGUGAACGCGUCGAGAAGCACAAAGAUGAGCUCGCUGAACUGGAAGUACUUGAAAAUGUUCAGGAGAAGGAGAGACCGGACGUGGUGAUGUACAACCCGCUGGGAACCGACGACGAGAACACUUACUACGAGCAGUACAACACUGUGUGCUCGGGCGUGAUCAAGACCGGUGAUUAUGUGUAUGUGGUAGCUGAGGGUGGUAAGCAGAUGAUCGCGCAGGUCGACACCAUCUGGGAGACUGGCGAUAAUAAAUGCUAUUUCCGCGGUCCAUUCCUCAUCUUUCCGUCGGAGGUGGCCAAUAUUAUCAACAAGCCAUUCUACAAACAAGAAGUGUUGUUGACGACGAUGCAUGAUACAAGCCCACUGGUGGGUAUCGUGGGCAAAUGUGCUGUUUUAGAUUACGAUGAUUAUUUGAAAUGUCGUCCGACUGAAAUUGCGGAGGGUGACGUGUAUGUGUGCGAGUGUGCAUACGACGAGUCCUCCCGCGUGGCGCGUAAGCUCAAAGCCGGCUUGCGACGUUUCGAGCACACCAAGGACGUCACAGUCGAUGAGAUUUACUUCUUCCCGAAGCCUUUGGGACCACCGCCGCUAGCCACGGCCCAAGAUGUUCAGUCGUCGUCCAGCGUCUUCACACAGAAGCCUUUCAAUCCUAAUGUAAAUGCGGACUCCAUGGACGGCAAGCCGCAAUUUACGAAUCUCAUAAACACGACUAUCGGCAGUCACGAUGUGGAGAUGUUACUUGAGAACUCACUAGAUGACUCGUCGCUCGCUUCACCCGCUACUCCCCUCUCUAUAGGCGGCAAUAGCAACCCAUAUAACCCCACGAUGACAGCGACUCCGACCCAAGAGAAGACGACCAGCCAAACGUCCGCUACGCCGGCAACUGGGAAAAAGAAGAAAGAACAAAAACAAAAAAUUGUAACUGGCUACAUAUUGUACUCGAGUGAGGUUCGGAAGGCGAUCAUUGCAAGCAAUCCAGAUUCAACAUUUGGCGAGAUAUCGCGCAUCGUAGGCAACGAGUGGCGCUCCUUGCCCGCCUCCACCAAGCAGAGCUGGGAGGAGCGCGCCGCCCGCUGCAACGAGGAGACCUCCGCGCGCCUCGCCGAAGAGAUGCGGGAACUGUCGCAGCACACGCCCAUGGAAAUGACAUAUGAAUGUGCUUGGGACACCUGCGAUUAUCAGUUCGAAGAUUUACAAGACUGCAUGGAACAUUGUAUCGGCGAUGGUGGCAACAUGAUUGGAACAUAUAUUGAAACAAAGAAGCCCAAAUUAGAACCGGGUCACCUGCAGCAACACUACCGCGGAUCUCACAGCGAGUACCCGUGCUUGUGGCGAAAUUGCGCGCGAGUCCGCAAGGGACAAGCACCCUUCCCGAACUUGCCACGCCUCUUGCGGCACGUGCGCGAUCUACACGUCAACAAGGGCAACGGGCGCACUAUGGUCGUGCACGAGCGUUCUAGGAACUUCAUCCCAUCUACAAAGAAACCUCCGAAGACGUUAACAAGCGGCGUACGAAGCGGUGUUAUGUCACCAGGAGCGUCGUUGUCGGGCAUGUCGCCGAUGGCUCGCAACACGCCGUCGCCGGGCGCGGGGCUGACGAGCGGCGGCGCGGCGGGCGGCGGCGCGGACGGCCGCGCCGGCCUCGACCCGCUGUUCGUGGCCGCGCCGCCGCGCGCGCAGCGGGUCACGCACUCCGAAGCCUAUAUCAGGUACAUUGAAGGUCUUCACUCUGAACAGAAAUACAUUACUCCCUGGGAGAAGUCCCUUACCCCGAUGCCUGCAAAUCCUGACCCGGCUCAGUUCAACAUGCAUAAAUUACCCAAUUGGAUGACAGAGGAAGCGGUCAAUGGAUAUUUGGCACAGGAUAAGAGCUUAUCAGAAAGUGAUAUACAGAAGAUGGAUCAAAACACGAAAAUAUUGAAAGGACUGUGUGCUUUGAGGGACUUUAUGAUGAAAGAUGCACUCUGUCUCUACAAGAGUUCUUAAGAACUCCUGCAUUAGCAUAGCAUGGGUUUGAUACCUCCUUUUUUAAAAAAAGUAAAAAAUGAUAUCUCAAGAACAUUAAAAAAAAUCUUAAUUGAAAUAAUUAGAAUCAAAAUCACUGAAUAUUUUGCAUAAUUUUAUUGUAAAUAUGCAAGAAUAGUCGAGAAGAAAGAAAAUAAAUCUUAAUUGUGCAAUGUAACUUUUUACAAUCUUAUACAUUUAAUGAAUGACAUUUUUCAUUUUCAACAUUUCAUUUGAUCAGUUGUUAGUGCAAACUGAUUUUUGACUAUUUUUUUUUUAUUGAAAAGAUUGAUAUACAAAUUUAUAUUGAUUUACUUAAAAAUAAAAAAAUUAUGACACGAGUGUAGUUUAUAAUAAAUAUCAAUAGUAAUAUAAGUAAAUUGUAUGACAGACAUUAAUGUCCGCGGUUAUUAUUUUAUCUGAAUUGUGUUGAGUAAAAGAAAUAAAUGUUUAGAUUAAUUGCA